GCGGACGCAAUGGAAGAGGACGUCAUGCUCUCUGCCAAAGAAAUUGCGCUUCUAUGCCAGUUGAGAGAGAAGGAGAAGCAGGUAAAUGCGCUUGUGGAAGACAUCACCGCGCUGAGAGCAUUCGUUCCCACUCAACCUUUACCUGCACCUGCAGUGUCUGGGCAGGCGUUACCACCUUCUUUGCUUGCCCUAUUGACUCCACUGCUCCGCGCGAAUCCACCAUCAGGCGUUUCUUCGGCGUCUGUUAUCACAUCACGAGUCGAGCUACUUCAGCGGGAGAACGAUGAGUUAUAUGGGCUAUUGAAGGAGAGCAAUAUUGCGCAGUUGAAAGAGGAGGUCACAAUGCUAAGACAAACGGUCGCUGGAAUGGAUACUGCUUUGCGAGAAUCGCAUGACACAAUAACGUCCCUCUCAUCGCAGCUCUCUCAGGCACAAGAAGCGCUCAUCUCUGUCGGCAAUCCUACAUCAGUCGCGGCGCCUGUCUCGCCACCUACAAAUACAACUAGCCAGCCUCUCUCCAACGGCAGCGCUAUAUCUCAAACCAUUGAGGUAUCCCCUGCAUCUUCCACAAAACCUAUACCCACUGGUCCCCGCGCCCAAACAAUCAAGAGGCCUCCACGAGCCAAUCUGCCAUCGCAGUCUCCUAUAUCACCCAUGACUCCGACCAUCAAUGGAGUCGGGGAGACCUCUACGGCGUCCGGUUUGAACGUGCGCGGGGCAGCGACCUCUCCGGUAACCCACGAACUCCCAAGGCGGCCUUCGCCACAAUCGCGUCGAAGUCGUUCAAGAUCUCCGAAUGUGAGACAUAACGGCGAGAGGAGCGACGACAGGUAUGGAGAUAGGGAUGCUGGCCGAGGAAGGGAUCGUAGCCCUCUACCCGGAAAUCGAAGGGACGACAACACUCGCGAGAAUGGUGGACGGUUUAACCGACGACACGGCAAUCCUCGACGAGGCGGACAUAGUGGCCCGGUUGGCCCAGUACCAUCAUCUCGGAGUCUCGUCGAACGCAUGAAUAUGUGAUAAGUUUUCUUGUGCAUUUAUCGCUUGUUUUAUUUUCCUGAUCGUUCUACAAACGGGCAAUUCACAUCCGUCUGAUUUCAUGAACUUUUGUAAUUGUAUCACUUGCACGGACUGCUACACGCGCAUACUGUCUGUGUUGUCCACUAUAUCACUUGCGACCUUGACCACAUGUGCAUCUUACACUAUCGUUUGAUUAGUGGUUGUAUCGAUAGUUUUGCUUAUCGCCACAACACACGAACAUACAAGAAUAUGUACAUUCAGUCAUGUGAUCUGGAAU